UUUGUCACAGUAAUGUCUUCAAUAUAUUGAAGAAUUAAUUUUGAACAAAUUAAUUAAUUGUCUGGUUCUUUCUAAUUGUGUAGCUACCGAGUAUCGAAAUAGAAAUUGUUUGAAACCAACCGGUUUUAUACACACAAACUGUAGUAUUUGAUGAUGGUCAAGUGAGAUCGCAACAUCAAUCGAACAAAUCAAGUUUUUUUUAAAAUAACAUUGAAUCUUCAUUAUUGUAUUAUUUUAUUAUUACCAAUAGUAUUUCUUUUCACCAUGGAAAAUUCCAACGAUCAAUGUAAAAAUAUUAAAGAUUAUUAUACACCAUUUGUGUUGUCAGAUUAUCUUGAAGAUACGGAUGCUGUAUCACCAAUAUUGGAUAAACCAAAUAUUACGAAUGGCCAUCAAGCUAGCCAAACUGUUCGACGUUGGGCAUUGAUCAUUGUCGAUGUACAAAAUGAUUUUGUUAAUGGAUCAAUGUCAUUGAAGAAUUUUUUCAAUGGUGAAGAAGCUGCCGAAGUAAUACCAGCCAUUAAUCGGCUUUUACAAUAUGUAAAAUUUGAUCUUAUCGUUUAUAGCCGUGAUUGUCAUCCUUUCGAUCAUUGUUCAUUUAUUUCAAGUUCGGUAACACCGAAAGCACCGGUACAAAAAUGGCCCGAACAUUGUGUGGAAAAUACAUGGGGAGCACAAUAUGCAGCUGGACUCAUAACAGAACCGCAAUCAUUGAAUCCUACGGUUAAAAAAAUUUCCAUCAUGAAAGGUUUAAAACGUGAUGAAGAAUGUUUUUCUGCAUUUCGUGGCACACUUGUCGAACAUUCAUUACAUCAAUCAUCACAAACAUUACAAGAAAUAAUUAAGAACGAAAAAAUCGAUCAAAUUUUUGUUUGUGGUCUUGCUACCGAUUAUUGUGUACGUGAAACAUGUCAUGAUGCAAGAAAUUUUUGUCAACGACAAGAAACAUUCGUAUUAGUGGAUGCUAGUCGAGGUGUUAAACCAUUCCAUCCGCUUAGAUUUCUAGAAAUAGAUGUUAAAAUGAUAACUACCGAUCGAUUAAUACAAUCAGUAUUGAUACAUAAAGAAAAAAUAUUGAAAUUAGACGCAAUAUAUGAUGAUGAUGAUGAUGAUGAUGGUGAUGAUUAUGAUUUUAAAAUUUUCUCUCAAAUAACCAUUUGUAGUUAUAUCUUCAAAUUUCUGUUGUUGCAUUAUGUGAAACUUUUAAUUGAUUAAUUUAUUGAUUGUAAAACAAAAAAAACAAAAAUUAUUUGAUUGAAUAAAAAAAAUCGCUUUUUAAUGAAUAUAACAAGAAUUAAUUUACACAAAUCUUAGACAUAGAGAUAGGGUAACAUACAUAAAACAAA